CGACAAAAGCAAAAUAACAGAAUACAAAGCAACAACAAACCACGUACAGUCUGUUAAUACUCAUCUCUGCAGUGUGCAGAACAUGAAACUCAGUCAGAUAAAACUUCUUGGAGAGUUGAGUGUAGCGUCCUAUAGUCAGGUCAGAGAGACUGCUCUAAGAAUGGCACAUCCAGAAGAGUCUGCAGUGUGUAGAGCAUGAAACUAUUUCAAAACAACAUGAACAUUACACCGGCUAAUACAUGUGUAUAAAAGUAGGCCAUUAAAGUGAGUUUCAUUAGACGCUCGUUGAGUUAAGCACGUACCUUAUCUGCUCAGCAUCAGAGGGUUAACAACCCGGUUAACCGGGUUAACAACCAGGUUAACCCGGUUAACAACAUCCUCACAGAAACACUUCCCCUUCAGUUCUCAGAAGAGAAAUACAGAAACAGCAGGUUAGAGACUCUGACAGUCGAGAGCCAGAGACCAAGAGAGAAGCACGAUGUCUGAAUUCAGAAGGAUCAUGAUGUCUUCAUUCCUGAUGCUGCUGCUCCACUUUCCAGCUGCAGCUGUGAAAUAUUACUCCCUCACUGUCAGACCUGGAGAUGAAGUCACUUUGCCUUUUGACAAUGUGAUACAUGAUCAGGAUAAGUGUGAGAGUACUUGGUGGAGCUUCAGACAUUCACCAUUAACACCAACAGUGACGCUGUUUAAAGACGGACAGAUUCACAAAGAAGCCAAAGCUAAAUCAGACAGACUGAGAGUUACAGAGAAUUGUUCUCCGGUUAUAAAGAAGGUCACAGAGGAGGAUGUUGGUGUUUACAACUGCAAACAGUUCAGAUCAGGAGAACAACAAGAUCCAGACUCUGAUGUUUAUCUGUCUGUUGUUACCAUGACUGGACAUCUGGACAAUGAUGAGGUGACGUUACGCUGCUCUGUGUUGAGAUAUGGACGGUGUGAUCACAGAGCGAAGUGGCUGCUUCUGGGUCAAGAUGUGGUUAAAGAUCACAGAGAUAUAAAGACAUCACAGUCUUCCUGCUUUGCCUCUGUGACAUUUCUGACUUCUCUCUUUAGUUACACAACAAGGUUUGAGUUGCUUACUUGUGAAGUAACUAAUGAUGACAUAACAGAAGUUCUUCUGUUUCCCUUACAGCUAAAAACCUCUGACUAUAUUUCACACUUGGGACUUCUCUCUUUAGUUACACAACAAGGUUUGUGGUGGGUCAUCAUGGUGUCUGUGGGGUUAGCAGCUCUCAUCAUCACCGUGGUUACAGUCCACAUCUGGACCAGAGCUAAAGGGGACAAAAAACGGAUGACAAAAAACCUCGAGCAGAAUGAUGAAGAUGAAGAUGAAGAUGAGGUGAACUAUGAAAACGAUGGAUGGGCUUCUGCCUCUGUGUGACUGAUCAACAACAUCAACUCCCCUCAGAGUCCAUGCUGUCAAACAUCACCUUCUCAUAUUCUACAGGAGAAAACAGGAGAACCAUGAGAUCAUUGGAACAUUUCUGAUGACUGAGAACACCUGAGCAGUGUUCAUUUUGGCAGCUAUUUUUGAUUUAGACUUUAGACGAAAAUGGUUAUUAGUUUUAGUCACAUUUUAGUCCUUUUUGUCCUUCAUAGCUUUGGUCUAGUUUUAGUCGAUGAAAAAUCAUUACAUUUUAGUCAACUUUUCGUCAAAAUGUUUUCUCUCUUUAAACUAAUUCAGUUAAACACAGGUAUCUGAAACUGGAAUCAAGGUGACAGCAUCAAGUGUUGAAAUUCCUAAAGCAACAUUUCACUCUCUUCACACUUUACUUUGAACGGUACUACUACUCUUACAAAUCUGUGUGCAGGCCGCUGCAGCGUGUCUGUUAGGCCCCACCCCCCGCACACAGUGAGAGAGA